CUGUUUAUAAAGAGGCUUGAACGCCAUCAAAACAGUCAGAAGUGCGUUAAGGACGAGACAAGGAUACUAGCUAAACUGAAGAAGAAUCACUUGAACACAAAGUGGAUUAACUUCACUUCGGGCAACUUUGCCGACAGACAUACAGUAUCAACAUGCCUGUUUCCAGAAUGCGAAUGAGACCCUGGCUGGAAAUGAAAAUUGAUUCCAAUGAAAUUCCUGGACUAGUCUGGAUCAACAGAGAUAAAAAGAUUUUCCAGAUUCCAUGGAAACAUGCAGCCAGACAUGGAUGGACUAUGGACAAAGAUGCAUGUCUGUUCAGACAGUGGGCCAUUCACACAGGCAAAUACAAACCUGGAAACAGUGUGCCCGAUCCAAAAACGUGGAAAGCCAAUUUCCGUUGUGCAAUGAACUCUCUUCCUGAUAUUGAAGAAGUUAAAGAUAAAAGCAUCAACAAAGGCUCAAGUGCAAUCCGAGUUUACAGAAUGCUGCCUCCUGUAAAAAAAACACAGAGGAAAGAUAAAAAGUCUCGGCAAAAGGACAACAAAACCAAGCAGAAGAUCAAGGAGAAUGACAUUAAAACAGAAGACGAAUCUUCAGACAUUACUGACCUGUAUCUUCCUGACGAUCACAGCGGAUACACAGCCCAUCAAGGAGCAUCACUACAAGACAGUGAAACUGACAGUUCGCAAUGCAGCUUAGUAGACCUCAACAAUAUUACUGAACAAACUGAAUGGACAAACACAGUGGAAGUGUCUGUUGCUGACAGCACCAAUGAGAUGUUCUCAUUCCAGGUGUCACCGUUGCAUUCACCAGAUGAUGAUGAUGAAAGCAACUUUGAUGAAGUUAUUCAGAUUGCACAAGCAUUGGAACAAGACCAUACACAGUGGCGACCGAGCAGUAUUAAUGGCAGAGGCUUCCUGAGCAAUUCAAUAGGCAUGUCAAUAGAACCAAAUGAUAUCGAUAUAAUGGGGAAUGAUCUUCAAGGUGACUUUGAAUUUAGAUUUUACUCAGAAUUGAGGACUGGAUCGGACCCUUCAUGGCCAUUACAUACGCACAGUUUAGCAUCCCUCCUUUGUCUGCACUAACCUUGACUCCUACUGCACUCCCGGCCCUUGUAAAUAUAAUCCAUUUAUAUCCUGAAACAUCAAAGAACAUUUCUGGACCACAAAACAAAGUGUGCAACUCAUUAUGUUACACAUUUCUGCUUUCAUAAAUUCCUGAACUUGUUUGGGGUUACUUCAGAUAUCACGAUUUGUGUUUUCACAUUUUGUUAUAAUUAUAAAGGACUUCUGGUCUGUCUAAGAAUCUAUCGUGUACACUUAUGUGAGUGUUAAGCAAGGUUUUAACCCCGCUUUAGCAAAAAAUUACAGUGAGCUGCACUUUACUUUCAGAAAAGAAUUCCUGUUUUGUUAGGCAGACAGUUACAUUUACUAAAAGUUUAUGCAAAUAUAAUGUAUCAUCCACUGAAAUCUGUUUUGCAGACAAUUGUUAAGUCAAUACAUGUAAAAAGAUAGGAUGUUGGUGGU